AUGGCUACAGCUACCCCUUAUACGUAUAUUCAGUGCUCUUGCUCUGAUCAGCCUCCUGCUGAUGCCGGUAGGGGCUCGCCGGCCACCACUAUUUCCGAAGACGACGAGCGUACAUUCGAUCCACGAGCUCCUCGAUCAAGCUAUAGCCUGUAUCCCCUCGAAUACCUGCUGUACUGCGAAGACUGUCAGCAGAUACGGUGCCCACGCUGUGUGACAGAGGAAACUGUCACGUACUUCUGCCCCAAUUGCCUUUUUGAGGUUCCUAGUAGCAAUCUCCGGAGUGAGGGUAACAGCGAGACGAAGCUCCUCGGGCCCGAAGGCGCCUCCAGCACCAGCACCGGCCCGUUUGCGCUCAUCUGCCAAUACUGCCACUGGUCCUCACGCGAGAUCGGUAUCGAAUUCGACCGCCAUAGCGGCAUACACUCUCAAUUAUCGCGAGUAAAUAACGGCGGCGAACAAAAGAUUACCGCCAAAGAAGUAAAGGAGCGUCGCAAAGAGACACACGACGAUACGCCACUCCCCGACGAUCUGGUAGACGCUGAUUUACAAUUUACAAAUCUGAAGUCAUUCUAUCAAUCACAGCUAGCGGAUGUGGGAUCUGCGCUGGGGGGAAUAUCGGUGCAUGAUGGCGGCUUUUCUUCUCCCGCCGCCCUAUCGCGCAUAAUGUCGCUGUAUACUGGCCGCGGGGGGGCAAAGUCGCAGCAAGGCGUGCCGUACGUCAUGCGCGAGGCCCUGAACACUGAUGAAGGCCUCAAGCUAGCUCAUCUGAAUGACUCUUCGUCAAUCAAAAAGCUCACCACUGGAGGCUGGGACUGCACCGUCGGGACUGAGCAAAAGGAGAACCAGCUGGAAGGUGUGCGGUUCCAGGACGAACUACGACCGAUUCCAUAUCUGCUUCGCACCAAGCGCUCAAAGCGAUGUCCUGCCUGCAGACAUAUUCUUUCGAAACCAGAAAACAAAGUUACGUCAACAAGGUACAAGAUUCGACUUGUCGCUAGAUCAUACAUUCCAACAAUCACGGUACGACCUCUGCAGCCAACAGCCAAUCCCGUCCCGGUUAUUUAUCGACCUGGCCUGUCAGAAGAGGGUCCAUUGAAGCCUUCUCGGCCCUGCCAAUACAUCGUCACGUUCAAGAACCCCCUUUUCGAGAGUAUCAAGGUCUCAUUGGCAACCCCGAACGUAACACCAGGUCGAUUCUCCAGCACAGUCACUGUACUGUGCCCACAGUUUGAAAUUGAUGCCAAUACUGAUAUGUGGGACGACGCAUUGAAAGAUGAUGGCAAAGAUCGUAACGACAGUUCCAAUCAAGUCGAGGUAGGUAAAAUCUGGGAGAGGGGACGAAACUGGGUAAGUAUUAUCCUCGAAGUAGUCCCGGCCUCUUUGGUCAGCGACCCAAGCAAACUGCCGCUCAAGGAUGGAGAGGAUGUCCUCGAGAUUCCCAUGUUUGUAAGGAUGGAGUGGGAAUCGGAUGUGCAAAACGACAUGGGCACACCGCUGGGCAAGGAACGGGACGGACGGGAGAAGCGUGAGCUGGCCUACUGGUGUGUCCUCGGUGUGGGAAAAAUUGCACAGGAGUAA